UCGUCUUCAUCGUUCUCUUUUUCUGCUCCUUCAAAGCGCCAUCAUGGGUCGCAUGCACGCUCCCGGUAAGGGCUUGUCCCAGUCGGCACUCCCAUACAGACGCAGUGUCCCCACGUGGCUUAAACUGACCUCUGACGAUGUGAAAGAGCAAAUCUUCAAACUGGCUAAGAAGGGCCUGACACCCUCUCAGAUUGGUGUGAUCCUGAGGGAUUCCCAUGGUGUUGCUCAGGUGCGAUUUGUCACUGGAAACAAGAUCCUUAGGAUCCUGAAGUCCAAGGGCCUGGCCCCUGAUCUGCCUGAGGACCUGUACCACCUCAUUAAGAAGGCUGUUGCCGUGAGGAAGCAUUUGGAAAGGAACAGAAAGGACAAGGAUGCCAAGUUCCGUCUGAUUCUCGUUGAGAGCAGAAUCCACAGGCUUGCCCGAUACUACAAGACCAAGAGAGUACUCGCACCCAACUGGAAGUACGAGUCUUCAACUGCCUCUGCUCUGGUGGCAUAAAUGUCAACAUCCUUUUGGACAAAUAAAAGAUUAUUUGGAAUGAAAA